ACGAGUGCUGUACCUCUGAAGUCUGAAGUAACAAAUAAACUGUUUAGCAUUUUCGCAAAAGCUCUGCCUCUGGUAAAUUACAGUAGACGGGUGCGUAUCUUCCUCCGCUUCCUUAAUCAUCAAACAAUCCACAUUCCCUUCUAAAUCUUCGAGAGCGAUUUCGGAUUUUUCAUCAUCGAGAGCCGAGUUUCCAUGAAGCAACCACGAAUUCGCCGCCAAUUUUGAUCAUGAACUUAGGGCUUUAUCAAUUCUCAUACGUCUUUCGAUAUGUACAGUGACAGCCUAUUGGAAAGAUGUCCAGAUCCAUGUUGCUUGUCUUUUUGUUCGUUAUUCUAAUUAUCACUUCUCAGUUCGAGUGGAGGCAACAACUGGUACCUGAGGUUGAGACUGCGGAGAACUCCCAGAAGCAGCAACAAAUAUCAAAGAGGGAAGAAGCAGUGAAGGAGCAGAUCAUAUUGUCACAAGAAAGGAACAUCCAGAGGCUGAAUGAAGUUGUGCGAAGCCUCCGGGAGGAGUUGCAGCAGUGCAAAGGCAGUAACAAAAACAUUACAAAUGGGACAACUCUGAUGAGUUCACAUAUUCUUGAGCUCCAACGCCUUCGUGUAUGAGACGACUGAUACUGAUGCAACCACUCCAUGGCCAAGGUCAACCUCAUCUUUCACCAUACCUAUGUUUGUUUAUAACUGCUGAUCUUUUUUUUUCUCUUUUUUGAGAAAAUGUUUAUAAUUGUUUAUCAUGUUUUUAUUGUUCGUUUUCGUGGUUUAAAAUAUUUGCGCUCACCAUGAAAUUUAAUUAUCCUCCCAGCCUAGCUCUUUCUGCUCCUGGGAGAUGAGGGGUAUGAACUAAUCAAAAUUUAAUCGAAAUCAUGGUUUAUCACAA